UGUCGAUUAAGUAUGGUUUUGUCCAUACAGUGAGGGAGAUACGCGUUUUACAUGUAAAAAUCGAUUACUCUAACAGCGCGAAUGCCAAUUUAUAUAUAUAUAAAUCUCAAUUGUAAUUAGAUCUUUCAAAAAAUCGAAUAUGCCUUAUCCAAAGUCACCGUUCGCAGACAAUUUUCCAUCAAAAAUUGUUUUCGAGCAUGGAAACGAUAGCUCAGCAGGAGACCACCAGGAGGAAUUUUCGAAUUUAACCGAAUGGUUAUGUUCAACGCCUAAAAUCAGCUCAUACAGAGUAAACACUCUUCAUUGUACCUUGGAAUCUGUGAUAGAUCAAAUUCGAGACCAAUUGGAAAAAAUUUCCACCAUCAGAAAUUGCAAAACUCCAAGGGUUUACCAGCACGAGGUUCUUAAAGAUGUCGUGAUUGUGGACAACUAUGACCUGAAGGAUUUGGAGUUAACUGGAAGAACGAACGAGAUAAUCGUGGACGUUCAUUGCGGAGCGGCGGUUUUGCGCGGAGCGCAUAUUUUCGCUCCGGGCAUAAUUGGAAUGACUUCCGGAACUAAGGUUGAUGAUGAAGUCAGUAUAUACGUUGACGUGGAUAAAGUAUGCAAGAAGGGAUUGAAAGCAUUCGAAGGUAAUAAAGUUUAUGUAGGUAAUGGCAUUGCGAGAAUGGACAGGCACCAUUUGUUUGGUGAGAAUCUGCAACCAAGCGGAUUUGCAGUUGAAAUGUUGCAUUCUACAUCAGGGUGUCCACCGUUGGGAUCCUUAUUUCUAUCGGCUGAUUCAGCUCUUCUGCAGAACAUUCCGUCUGUGGUUUGCAUUGAAGCUUUAGACCCAAAACCGGGCGAUAUUAUACUCGAUAUGUGUGCUUCACCGGGAAAUAAAACAACGCAUAUCGCAGCAAAGAUUAAUAAUUCGGGAACUUUGAUAGCAAUCGAUAAGACUCCAACUAAAGUAUUGCAAUUGCAGAAGACUUGCGAUAAAUUUAACUGCAAAGCUUCCAUCCAUAAGUUCGAUUCCACCAAGAUUUUCGAUACAAAAGCUAGCGGUACAGAAAAUCCGCCCUUCGGACCAGAAACCUUCGAUAAGAUUCUUUUGGAUGCGCCUUGCAGCGCUCUAGGAAAACGUCCGCAACUUGCGAAUAAAGACACAGAAACUGUGAUCAAAUCCCAUAUACCGCUCCAAAGGAAAUUAUUUCAAAACGCUGUGAAGCUGUUGAAAACUGGUGGAACUAUGGUGUACAGUACGUGCACAAUUACUCUUGCUGAAAACGAGGCUAUAGUAGCUUGGGCCCUGAAAACCUUCGACUGUUUACAAUUGGUGAAAGCUGAACCACAACUCGGUGGACGCGGUUGGAAGAUGAACGGGUUGAAAGAUGAUCAAUUGGAAUUGAUGCAGCGCUUCGGUCCGGACGACGGCGUCGAUUCCGUUGGAUUUUUCGUAGCGAAAUUUGUGAAAACCAAAGCUGCAGAAUAAAAUAGUUUGUAUAUACUCAGC